UGACAGAAACUGAGUCGUGAUUAUCUGGGCGAGCCGUGGGUGGAUAGCUUUGCCUAUCUGCCUUCCCCUUCUUCGAGAUUACUGUCGUGCCAGCUUGCUGAGUGGCUACAUUGACGACUGUUAUUCGCUGUGUUGGGGGUAACGUCGUUUGUUUCUCCGUGUGUGUGGAAGAAAAACGACUCUGAUCCCAGGGAUAUCCUCUGCUUGUUUGGCCGAACUAGAGACCGACCGUCGUUUUCCCAGGCUAAGCUAGCAGCAGCACGGCGCAACGGGUGUGGGUGGAUUUUUAUAUGACGGCCCUCGGAAAGCGAAUAUAAAUAUCCUCUCAGGAGUAUGUUGUGGAGCAAUGACAAGCACAGGAAGCAGAUCUAAAGGAGGAGAGAGGGGAAGACGUGCCAGUGGAUGAGUAUCGGUCGAACGAUCAAUAAAGAGGUGUAGCGUUAGUGCUAAAGUGUUUCAGCUAGCGAAGCUAAUCGUUUAGCUAAAUUGAUCAAGGAAGUUGGGUAGCCACCUUGCUAACUCAGCGACAAAUGUAUUACUGGACCAAGGGUCGCCUCAAACAUAUGAGUUAUUAGUUACAGAGCCACGUAACAUGCUGGUGAUGCCCGUUUUUGAAAGCUGAACGAAUUGUCGUGGGCUUUGAACCGAAACGCUAACUGUUAGCCAACGUUAGUUGGGUUUUACGAUAGCUAGAAAGUCGGAGCUUGUAAACAAAGGGUCCCGAGCUCCACCGCAGCGUUUCACCUCGAGUUAUCGCUGACUGAUUGUUUCACGGACAUCGUUUCCUUUUUAUUAAACACUGAAACCAUCUCUCAGAAAUGGAUUUAAAGACGGCCGUUUUUAACGCAGCCCGGGACGGUAAGCUCCGGCUGCUGCAGAAACUGUUGGAGAACAAAGAUGGACACGAGGUGACCAAGUUGAUGGGUGAGAAGACUAACGGAGCCACCCCGCUCCUGAUGGCUUCCCGGUACGGCCACCUGGACUUGGUAGAGUAUCUGCUGGAGAUCUGCAGUGCGCCUGUUGAGGUCGGUGGGUCAGUGAACUUUGACGGGGAGACCAUCGAGGGAGCGCCCCCUCUCUGGGCCGCCUCGGCGGCGGGGCACCUGAAGGUGGUCCAGUCCCUGCUGGGCCACGGAGCUUCUGUCAACAGCACGACCCUGACCAACUCCACACCCCUGAGGGCGGCCUGCUUUGACGGCCACCUGGACAUUGUGAAAUACCUGGUGGAGCACAAAGCUGACCUGGAGGUGGCUAACAGACACGGCCACACGUGCCUCAUGAUUUCCUGCUACAAGGGACACAAAGAUAUAGCGCAGUACCUGUUGGAGAAAGGUGCAGAUGUCAACAGAAAAAGUGUUAAAGGCAACACGGCGCUUCAUGACUGUGCAGAGUCGGGCAGUCUGGAGAUCAUGCGAAUGUUACUGCAGUAUGGAGCGUCCAUGGAGCAGGACGGCUACGGCAUGACACCCCUGCUCUCUGCCAGCGUCACAGGCCACACGAACAUUGUAGACGACCUGACGACGCACCAUCAGACGAGCCACAUGGAACGCAUCGAUGCCCUGGAGCUCCUCGGAGCCACGUUUGUUGACAAGAAGAGAGAUCUGCUUGGAGCUUUAAAAUACUGGAAGAGAGCCAUGGACCUCAGGUACAUGGACAACAACGUUGUCCAUAAACCAGAACCCAAGCAGCUGGUCAUGGCAUACGACUACGCCAGGGAGGUAACAAACGCAGAAGAGCUGGACGGGCUGAUAUCCGACCCGGAUGAAAUGCGCAUGCAGGCACUGCUCAUCCGCGAGCGAAUCCUCGGCCCACAACAUCCAGACACGUCUUACUACAUCCGUUACCGAGGUGCUGUCUAUGCCGACUCUGGGAACUUUGAGCGCUGUAUCAAUCUGUGGAAGUACGCGUUGGACAUGCAGCAGAGCAACCUGGACCCCCUGAGCCCCAUGACCGCCUCCAGCCUGCUGUCGUUCGCUGAGCUCUUCUCCUUCAUGCUGCAGGAUCGGGCCAAGGGGCUACUGGGGACAUCGGUGUCAUUUGAGGACUUGAUGGGGAUCCUUUCCAAGAGUGUGUUGGAGAUUGAGCGGGCCGUUAAACAAAAUGGACCGAUGCCUCCAGACCCUGCUCAGCUCAGCAAGGCCCUGUCAAUCAUCCUGCACCUCAUUUGUCUUUUGGAGAAAGUGCCAUGUACUACAGAGCAGGACCACUUCAAGAAGGAAACCAUCUAUAGAUUCCUGAAGCUCCAGCCGUGUGGUAAGAACGGCUACAGUCCACUACACCUGGCAGUCGACCGCAACACCACCUGUGUGGGCCGCUAUCCCGUCUGCAAGUUCCCCUCCCUCACAGUCGCUUCCAUCCUUCUUGAAUGUGGGGCAGAUGUGAACUGCCGCGAUCAAGAUGACAACAGUCCCCUUCAUAUAGCCGCAUCCAAUGGUCACCCCGACAUCAUGAACCUGCUGAUUUCAUGCGGAACUCACUUUGACAGCACCAACGCCUUCAAACAAACAGCCUGUGACCUCCUGGACGAGAAGGAGCUGUCCAGGAAUGUCAUCCAGCCCAUAAACCACACCACGCUGCAGUGCCUAGCCGCCAGGGCCAUCAUCAAGCACAGCCUCGACUACCGGGGAAACAUCCCCGAGAAACUAGAGGCCUUCGUCCUGCUCCACAGAUAAUGAUUGUGAAGGAUUAGAGAGAGAACUGGAUGGAUGAAAAGAGGAGGGGGCGUGACUACAUGGAGUGGACUGGACAGACUGAGGAGCAUUAUAGUUCAACGCCUGACCCACGAGGCGUUGGAGGAGCUGAAAGACACAACUUUGUGGGUUAGGUUUGCAAAUUCAAACUAUUUUGGGGAGUAUGAACUCAAAGAUUUGUGUGAACAAAAAAUGUCGUCAUUCAACAAGGAGAAACUGAGAAGUGAUUGGAGUAAACAGAGGAAUGGGUUAGCAUUUUCGCCUUUGAUGGAGGCACAGCUCUGACCGGUCACAACUCAAUCUCUGGGGAUGGAUUAGGAGUGGAUUGCAACAUGGACGAACAGUUGUAUCUCCGGAUGAACUGAGAAAAGGGUUUACGUAUUUUUGCUUUAGAAAAAAAAAAACAUUUGUUUUGGGGUUGUUUUUUUUUUUGCAUAUUCCACUAUGCUAUUUAUUGAAUGAAACUUGAGAGAUUUUUCUCCAUGCUGGCUCCAACCCAGCCUCAACUUUGCCUGCUUCUCUCAAAGCAAGGAUUGAGGCCUUUCUACAUAUGCUGGGACUUCAGGUUAUUUUUUUGUUUGUCCCAUCACUGUUGCCAACAGUCAUGGACCCUUCCUCAGUCAUUAGGUUACACCUUUUUGUGUGUGUGUGUGUGUGUGUGUGUGUACUUUUCCAAUACAUUUAGUUAUUGUCAAAUCUGGAUACCUGCCAAGUGGUAGGCAUUCUAGACUUAUUUGUCCAUCCCAACUUUAGUGUAUAACAAAGCUUUACGAGAAGGGUUUAAUGUCUGCGAACACCAUAAGUGCUUUAUUCUUCCUAUGCACAGGCUAGGCUGUUGGAAAGAGAGACUGUUGUAUUCUGUGCCGGCACUUGUCUGUGCAAUAUCUCUCCAUGAGUUUUUGUGUUUACCUCAUUGCUGCCGUUUCCUUCAGUGUCCCCUUUCCUCACUCAGAAGGGGGGGAGGGGGUGCAAAAACCAUUGUACUGAGUGUUGUAAAAAGAGUGGAUGAAUUUGAAUGAUUGUGUAUGUGUGAAAGAGCGUGAGUGCCACAGAGUGUUUCUUGUAUGCGGAGUGUUUUUUUUGUUUGUUUGUUUUUUAGGUUUGUUUUGGGUUGGUUUUUUUGUUGUUUUUUUUUUUGUUUUUUUAAGCUUACACAAAUGAUUGCGGACAAGAGUUUGUUAAAGUGGUGGAAAUUCCAUAAUGCAUAUGACUGCCACUAGAAACCACAGCGGCCAAACUGUCUACAACGCUGGAGUGUGCAGGCUUGUACACAAAAGUGACCUCUUACAAUUCAUACAUGGCUUACCUUUAAUUGCCGUCGUUCUUUUAAUAAUCGUGAUCAAAAAGCAAAUUCUGAGUAGGUUUACCAACAUUGGCCAAUUGUGCAUGUGCAGCAGUGUAUCAACCAACCAAUCACUGCAGAAAACCUUUCAUGAGAACUCCUAGGCUCCAAACUAGACUACAGCUAGGUUAGUUCUGCUCAUUUUGUACAACUGUCGUCCAAUUGUAUAAGAACUGAAGACACAAAUGAGUGGGAGAACGCCUCGACCUACAGAAUAGUACAGCUUUGUGAAUUAUCUUGUUUGCACAUUAGCUUUUAGAUGUGUGGGGUUGAAAAAAGGGCUUUUCAUAAUUCGUAGGAUUUCAUAUUGCAGUCUGUUAAACCUGACCGCUCAAAACCAGACGUAGAAAAUGUAUGAAGACUCCCAGGGCAACUUGAUUUGAAUCUGCACUUUACUACAGCGGAGUUUAAGAUUUGAAUAUGGCAUUAAUCAAGUUCAUGUCUUAAUAACCAGUUUGACAAUAAACCCAUGUUGCACUUGU